AUGGAGUCAGGAGAGGGGGCCUCAAGAGCCCCAGCCCCUGUUGCCACCCUGGGAAGGCCAGACACUGGGCCUAGCUGUUCCUCCCUGGAGCUGCCCAGCACAGACCCGGGGAAGCUCCAAGAACUUCCCAUUGGGCCUGGAGCCCACUGUGAGGACUGUGCCACUAGGAGUCCUGGUGGCCAGGCUGCUGUGGGGGACAGCCCCCCAGACAACACUAAGAUCCCUAACCGGGACAGUGGGAUCGACAGCCCAUCCUGCAGUGUUGCCAGUGAGCCCUUCCCCUGCGAGGAGGGCAGUGAGGCAGGCCUGGGCCCCACCAUCCUGGGACCUCACCCAGAGGCGGCACCAGACAGCAAGACCCCCCAGAAGGAGGCUGACAGCGAUGUGGGCAAGGACAGCAGCAAGGAGCCUAAACCAGAGAACAGCCCUCCAAGGGCCUAUGUGGACCCAGCCAAGUGCUCUAAGUCCCAGGAGCUGCUCCACAUUGCCCAGGAGCUCCUGCACACCGAGGAGACCUACGUGAGGCGGCUGCACCUGCUAGACCAGGUUUUCUGCACCCAGCUGAUAGAAGCAGGGAUCCCUCUGGAAGUCACUACAGGCAUCUUCUCUAACAUCUCCUCCAUCUAUCGCUUCCAUGGGCAGUUCCUCCUGCCUGAGCUGCAGACAAGGAUCACAGAGGAAUGGGACAUGAACCCUCGGUUCGGGGACAUCCUGCAGAAGCUGGCCCCAUUCCUCAAGAUGUAUGGCGAGUAUGUCAAAAACUUUGAUCGGGCCGUGGAGCUGGUGAGUGCCUGGACACAGCGCUCGCCGCUGUUCAGAGACAUCAUCUACAGCAUCCAGAAGCAGGAGGUAUGCGGGAAUCUGACACUGCAGCACCACAUGCUGGAGCCUGUACAGAGGGUCCCCCGCUAUGAACUGCUGCUCAAGGACUAUGUGAAGCGACUCCCAGCUGACGCCCCAGACCGGAGGGAUGCAGAGAGGUCCUUGGAGCUUAUCUCCACUGCCGCCAACCACUCCAAUGCUGCCAUUCGGAAAAUGGAGAAAAUGCAUAAGCUCUUGGAAGUGUACGAGCAACUGGGUGGGGAAGAGGACAUUGUCAACCCCGCCAAUGAGCUGAUCAAGGAGGGCCACAUCCAGAAGCUGUCAGCCAAGAAUGGCACAGCCCAGGACCGCCACCUCUUCCUGUUCAACAGCAUGAUCCUUUACUGUGUGCCCAAACUGUGGCUCAUGGGCCAGAAGUUCAGUGUCCGGGAGAAGAUGGACAUUUCAGAUCUCCAGGUUCGGGAUAUCAGCAAGCCACACUCAGCUCAUACAUUCAUCAUAACAGGAAGGAAAAGGUCCCUGGAGCUGCAGACCCGGACAGAAGAGGAGAAGAAAGAAUGGAUUCAGGUCAUUGAGGCCACCAUCGAGAAGCACAAACAUAACAGCCAGACCUUCAAGGCCUUCAGCUGCUCCUUCAGCCUGGAGGAGGACCCCUCCCUCCCUCCAGACCCACCUAUGGCGAGUGCCAGCUCUGAGGAGGCUGUGGUGGAGGCUGACAGUAGAGGGAGUACUGCAGGGCUCGAGCCCAGGAAAGGGUCAUCUAAGACUAGGCGUGACAAGGAGAAACAGGGCUGCAGGAGCUGUGGCGAGACCUUCAACUCCAUCACCAAGAGGAGGCACCACUGCAAGUCGUGUGGGGUGGUCAUUUGUGGGAAGUGCUCUGAGUUCAAGGCAGAGAAUAGCAGGCAGAGCCGAGUUUGCAGAGAGUGUUUCCUGACACAGCCAGUGGCCACUGCAAGCCCCAGCCCGGAGAAGCCAGCCUCCACGGACCCCCAGCCCAGCCUGCUCUGUGGCCCUCUGUGUGUAUCAGAUGAUGGCAUGGACAGUGGGCCACCAUACACCAUCCCCCUCUCUGACUGCACAGUGACAGCGCCGAACCUGGCAUGCAGGCCGGACGCCGGGCAUGUUUGACAGCCGCAGCAGGCCCAGCGGUGCUUGUGGCCAAGUUUCCCAUCCGCCAAGGUGCAACAUUGGUGGCUGGAGGCCCUGAGCACAAACCAUGGGAACCCAGCCCAGGCUAGCCCAGGGGCCCUGAAGCUCCAGGCCUCAGCAGCCCCAGGAGCUAAGUUUUGGCCAUAUCUCUAG